GCUGAACCACUGAACUCAGAUCAGAUCAAUCAGAACUCAACCAGAACUCAACCAGAACCAGCCAUGGAAAGAGCUGUCCUCCUGCUGUCACUGCUGUCUUUGGGCGUGUCCUCACAGCCAAUCACCGACGGCCAGCGUCUGUUCUCCAUCGCUGUCAGCAGAGUUCAGCACCUCCACCUGCUCGCUCAGAGAAUCUUCUCAGAAUUUGAGAGCUCUCUGCAGACGGAGGAGCAGCGUCAACUCAACAAAAUCUUCCUACAGGAUUUCUGCAACUCUGAUUACAUCAUCAGCCCCAUCGACAAACACGAGACACAACGCAGCUCUGUGUUGAAGCUGUUGUCCAUCUCCUAUCGUUUGGUCGAGUCCUGGGAGUUUCCGAGUCGUUCUCUAUCUGGAGGUUCAGUUUCCAGAAACCAGAUUUCCCCCAAACUGUCGGAACUGAAGACGGGAAUCCUGCUGCUCAUCAAGGCCAGCGAGGACGGCGCUGAGCUUUUCCCCGACAGCUCGGCUCUGCAGCUGGCGCCGUAUGGAAACUAUUACCAAAGUCUGAGCACUGACGAGUCACUGCGCAGAACCUAUGAACUGCUGGCCUGCUUCAAGAAAGACAUGCACAAGGUGGAGACGUACCUGACGGUGGCGAAAUGUCGACUCUCUCCAGAAGCUAACUGCACCCUGUAGCCCCGCCCCUCCAUCGUGUAGCCCCGCCCCUCCACCCUCUGGCACGUAGCCCCACCCCUGUAGAUGAUGUCACAUCCUGUGUUUGCUGUAGCCCAGGCCUCCAUGUUAUCUGUCUCCGCUAACUAGGAUUAGCAUUAGCGUUAGUGUUUCUUUGCUGAUGAUGAAAUGUUUUCUGAUGAGAACAGGAAGUGAUGUCAUACUGUCAACGUGUGAAAUAAAGCUGUGUUGCAUUCA